CAAUCAGCGCGCCGAGGCUGGUUAUGGCCGCACUGCCAACGUCCAGUUUCUGACCAAUCAGAGCGCUCGAAGCUCCCACAACACUCACCUCUAGGAUUUAAAACACCCAACACAAUGAUGGAGCGAGAAAAGGAGAAGGAGAAUGAACCUGCACAAUCGGCACGACCUGGAUUUGGUCCUCACAAGCUCCUCUCUCGUGUAUACUCCGCUCCUGUCAAGCAAACUGUAGCAAGUGCCUCAAAAAUUGUACCUAGUAAACCAGCAGUAGCCAGUCAAAAGGUAUCCCACAUUCUUGAGUCCAGCAAGCCAAAUGUCUCCUCUCAAAAGCGCCCAGGAAUCCAAGUGUCACGGAAACCUCUUGGUGAUGACACUAAUCAACAAAGACUCAAGUCUACCACAAUGUCUACUGCAGCUUCCAAGCCCCCACAUGGACGACAGUUGUCAGCUUGCAAAGUUGGUUCCAAAGUCUCAGGAGGGACAAAUUUUCCUCCUCCACUCACUGAUCCCGAGGCACGACUCCAGUCACACGGCUCGACUGCAGCUCCAAGAAAACCACUCUGCUACUCUUUAAGCAACACUGCUACACAAUCAAAGAAACCCAUUCCCAACAAACCAACUGCUCGACCAAGGUCUGGAGAUGGCAAGAUGCCAGUAGUUACAUCAAAGACAAAGGCACACUCUUUAUCUUUAUGUGACCAGACUUCAGUUCAACAUGGUCAAUCAAAAUUGCCGAACACUACUGCAAGCACUAAAGUGCGCAAGUCAACUGAAAUAGGUGGAAACUGGUCAAAUAUAAAAACUAAUGUGAAAGCUAUGGAUCAAGCAAAACCAAGUUCAGCCAGCACUUGCCGUAGUUUAACCAAUGCUAGUCAGCCGCAAGUACCUACCACCUGUGCUAGUCUUCCGCUAAUAUCCACGGUGCCAGAUUAUGAAAGACUUACUAAUACAGAUAGUCUUGAAAAAUACACAAUUAUAGAUUGCACUAAAGAGAGCGUAGCAACAGAUUCUAAAAAUGGCGUGCCCAGUAGUGUACUACUAACCCAUACAAAUUAUAAUCCAUCACAAAAACCUAAAAUCAAUGAUGAUGCUGUGCUAAGGGAAGCUUGCAAGACACAAAAGGCAACUGUUACAGCCUCUGUCGAAUGUGUGGCCCCACAAAAUGCUACUAUUCCAGCCUCAGUCGAACAUGUACCACAAAAUGCGGCUGUUCCUGCCUCGGUCGAACACGCACCACAAAAUGCAAUUGUUCUGGCCUUGGUCGAACGUAUACCACAAAAUGCAGCUGUUCCAGCUGCGGUCGAACAUGUACCACAAAAUGCGGUUGUUCCAGCCUCGGUCGAACAUGUACCACAAAAUGCAGCUGUUCCAGCCUCGGUCGAACAUGUACCACAAAAUGUGGCUGUUCCAGCCUCGGUCGAACAUGUACCACAGAAUGCCGCUGUUCCAGCCUUGGUUAAACAUGCCCCACAAAGUGCGACUGUUCCAGCCUCGGUCAAACAUGUACCACAAAAUGCGACUGUUCCAGCCUCAGUCGAACAGGUGCCACGAAUAAAGGAGUUAGUUCCAGUAUCAGAAUGUUCAGGAACUAACAAGGAACCUGUCAUUAACAGUGUUCCAAGUGCAGUGAAAAUAAUUUCUCAGGAAGAGCAGCCUACAAGCAGUUCUAAUGACCAGUCCCAGUCUGCUACUUCAAAAGAUGAGAAUUUCGAUGAUGAAAAGAAAGACGAGGAUUCAUCAAGAUCAGGGAGAACUUGGUCAUUAGAUGAUUUCGAGAUUGGGCGUCCAUUAGGUAAAGGCAAAUUUGGAAAUGUUUACCUCGCAAGAGAGAAGAAAUCACAUAUGCUGCUUGCUUUGAAGGUGCUAUUCAAAUCUGUGUUAACGAAAGCUGGUAUUAGCCAUCAGGUGCGCAGAGAAGCAGAAAUUCAGUCACAUCUCAAACACCCAAAUAUUCUUCGGAUGUUUGGAUACUUUCAUUGUGAGAAGCGCGUUUAUCUCAUCCUUGAAUAUGCUCGCUAUGGUGAGCUGUACAAAGUUUUGUGUUCACAACCAGACAAACGGUUCACCGAACAUCAGGCUGCUAAUUAUAUAGUUCAGCUGGUGAGUGCACUUAAAUACUGCCACUCAAAAAAGGUGAUUCAUAGGGACAUAAAACCUGAAAAUAUUUUAAUAUCAACCAAUGGUUUGCUGAAGAUUGCUGAUUUUGGUUGGUCUGUUCACUCGCCUAAUGAAAGAAGGACGACACUCUGUGGUACUUUAGAUUACCUGCCUCCAGAAAUGAUCGAAGGUCGUAAAUAUGAUGAGAAGGUUGAUAUUUGGUCCCUAGGAGUGUUGUGCUUUGAAUUUAUAAGUGGAAAACCCUCCUUCGAAGCAACUACAGAAACCGAGACCUUCAGAAGAAUUGCUAGAGUUGAUAUACGCUUUCCUUCCUUCUUUUCCGAAGAGGUUCAGGACUUGAUAUGUAAGCUACUACGCUACAACCCAAAAGAACGACUGAGUCUAGAUGCAAUCAUGGAACAUCCUUGGAUCAAGAUGCACUAUGAUCCAAAUGUACCUCCCCCAAAUCCUUGUGCCAAGUAGAUUAUACAGUUACGUAAAAACUCUGCCUCAUUUUCAUGCGUGGAAUCUUGAGGAAUAGCAUUGUAAUUACGUGACGAUUAUAGACUGAGGAAUACUGCUGCUAAUAUAUAUUAAUGUGUAUCAUUCUGUAAUUUGAUUUAGUUUGUCUAGGAUUGUUUUUUUUUUUUUUUUAAUUGGUUUUAAUAUUUAUUUUUCUUGGUCUUGAAAAACUACUGUUGCAAUAAGGCAGUGUGUGCUAUUUGACAUUCUGACUUUCAGUGUCAUAUUAAACAAAUGAAAAUCACAUCCAAUUAUAAAGUUUAAUUUAGUAAUUUAAGGAAGAUACAUUUCAUCAGCAUUAACAUUUGCCUUGGUGGAAAGAGUCAUAAGUGUGGGAGAGGACCAUUUUUUCUUAGUCUUUCACUGUUAAUUAACUGUAAAUUGCUUACUUUCUCUAAGUGUUAAGAUUUGUAAAAAGUUUAAUAAAAUUAUAAUAAACCAACUAACAUCAGUCUCAUUGAAUAUGGCACACGUGCUGUGGGAUUUUUAAAAUUUGCUUUACUAUUUCCUUUUCAAAAUGUAUGGUGUUAAAAUGCUUUUGACUUUUAACAAGAGAAAAUCAGUUUUGAAAGGGAAAAGAAAGUUUCUUCUUUGAGCCUCAUUUCUUUAGAACCUGAUUUCCAUGUGUUAGAUAAUUAAAGAGCUUUCUGAAUUCAUGGUUUCAUGGUUUUCCUUGCCCAAGACAUGAAAUUGCUUAAAGCACGAACAAAAAAAAUGCUUUAUGGAGUUCUUUGCUGCAUGUAGUUUGGUGGGGAUUUCUGAUCCUGUGUUCUUGGAUUGAGUUCAAAAACAAAACAUUUUUACACUCUCAAAUUGCUGGCUGAACACUGAUAAAUUUUGCAUCCUUGGGAAUCUAUUUGCAUCGUAUUAAAACUUUCAGUACAAUGUACAGUAGUAUUCAGAAAUACUUCCACCCACACUUAUAAUUUUUCACUAUUCAUUUGCCUUAAUUGAAGCCAACUUUAAAUCUCAUUUUCUUCACCUCCCCAUUGUUUUCAUGUAGUCUGUAUACAUUUUCUUGAUAAGCGUUGCAAAUGUUUAUCUAGAUUACAUCUACUGUUUUGAAAUUUUGUUGUAGAUGGCUUGCAUAUCAGUUUUCAAUGUGUAAAUAUUCAUUAAAUAUCCCUAUAGUGACCUACAAUUAGGAGAAUGACAUUCUACAUAGCUGUGUAAGGGUUUUAGACAAGUGUGGUCAUGAAAUAAAUUCUGUUCAAAAAGUAAGACUUUGACCCAAUAUUUGCAAACAAGUUAAUGAGGUUGCCUGUAGAAGUGUGACCAUGUGGUAAGUAGAAGGUAAUAUCAUUCCCCAUUGCAGAUUCUUUUAUUUGGCUACACACGAGUUUCGAUGCUCGUUUUCCAUUAUUUAUUUUCUAUCAAUAAAUAUUGUUUUCUCGUGCUUUUUCUUUGUCAUGUCUUGUCUUGGUUGUUGUAACCCUUCUUGCAUGUGGGUCUACAGUGCGCUGUUCCCAUUUUUCACUUAUUUCUCGGGGCAAGCCACUAUUGCUUCACUUGUUUGAUAGCUGAAUCACCAUGUUUUUUUUUUUCUCAUGUUUGGGUUCAGCUACUAGAAGAGGGAAUCAACACUUGGUCAUUUGUUAUAUCUGCAGAAAGUUACAUGUAUGGCCAAACCUUCAAAGACAAAACUGCCAGAGAAUAUCGCAGACAUUAGUUUUUAAUACAGUAUAUAGAAUUUUCUUUGUUUGAUAUAUAUAUUCUCUAAAAUUGGUAACAAAUAAUUACUAUAAACAUUGCAUUUUUAUGGGGCUGGUUCAUUUAUCAUUUUGAUGUACAGUACAGGUUUUCUUUGGUAUAUGCUAUGUUUAGUAUAAGUUCUUUUUCAGUAUUGUAUUGCACAUAAUUAUUGUACAGUUCUCUUAACAUUUAGUGUUAGCCUUGUAUGCCAUUUCCUCAAAAGAAUCACAUUUCUAAAAGUUUUGUUUUAAUUUAUUUAGCAGCCAAACCAAUGUGACAAUUAUUCAGUUUUCUGGGUUUUGCUUUUGGUUCGCAAUAUUUUAAUUGUGAAAUGGUAAGGAUGCAAAAACAAUUCAGAAACUUUACAAAUGGCUCGGUGAAUAAAUUGACCUUGCCUGUGAUGGCAUUAGAUGUUGAUUAUAUUUGAUUGUAAAUCUUAAGAUACAUUGGCAUCUCCAAAAUCCAGAACAUGUUAUUUUGGACCUAAUUUAAAUUUUCCAGAAUUUUUUUUUUAGGGGUGGGGGUGAUGGGCUAUUUAUCACAAAAUUUUUACGUUUUGACAUGUAAAUCUCCAACUGAAUAUGAGCCCUGAAAUAUUUUAAUUAUGCUCAUGGCACCAACUAUUUGUAAUGUAUAACUUGUCUACAAGAGUCAUUAAAAAUGAUCCAAGCCAUAUUUAAGUAUAAUAAGAGACCAAGGUUAAUAUUGAUGCCUGUCCAUUUUAAAUUGUACAUGAAAAUUGUCAACUCUGGUUUACAUAUGUUUAUUUAGGUUUGUCUGUGAUAUAUUUAACAAUCUUCAUUAAUUUGGGAUUUUUCAUUGAUGUCCUAUUUCAGGAUUUGCUUUUGUGGAAAGUAAAACUAUAGAAAGAUAUUAUUUUAGAAAUGUAUGUCCACUUUUCACUUGGAUGAAGUGAAAGCUAAUAAAUAUUCCAAAUUGUA